AUGGCGCCAAUAGCCAGAAGCUGGAUGGGCGCCAUCCUCGAUCGCCUGCACACUUGGUUAAAUGGACUUCCUCCAGAGUCGAACAGCUACACGAUUGAGAGCCUACAUAUUCCCAUCUCAAGUGAUAUGAACAUCUCGGCAGACCUGUAUCAGCCAAUCGGUUCCAAGCCACGCGGAACACUAUUGAUCCGCAGUCCAUAUGGCAUCGGACUGAUGCCGGCCCUUGGCCAUACAAGAUUCUUUGCAGCUCGGGGCUACCAGGUCCUACUGAGUAGCUGUCGAGGCACUUCUGGAUCCGACGGAGUUCUGGAGCCUGGAGCCAAUGAAGUCGCAGAUGGACAUGCUGUUGUUGAAUGGAUGAGGAAGCAGCCAUGGUAUACUGGUUCUUUUGCUACUCUGGGUGGCUCCUACUUAGGAUACACCCAGUGGGCUCUCCUUACCGAUCCACCAACAGACAUGAAGGCGGCCGCCAUCUUCACUGGUCCGGACAGUUUCCACGAGUUCACCUGGGGUACCGGCGCGUUGUACUCGAACAUCAUCACGUGGGCCGAUUUGACGAAGAAAAUGAAUGCUGGAUUGGGCUUCAUCUCAAUGAUGUUGCAUCUGAGGUCGCAGCAGACUCGGCUUGCGCCGGUGUUUGACUCCGCUCCUCUACUUGACGUAGUUGAUGGACACUUUGAGGGGGAUGCUCCGGAAUUUCUGCGUCAAACCAUCUCGUCUCCAGAGCCCAAAAGCCCAUACUGGAAGACGAGGGAUCCCACCGGAGCGUUGGAGAGAGCGAACAUCCCAAUAGUGCUAGUCGCAGGCUGGUAUGAUAUCCUGGUACGUGAGGUGAUUGAGCAAUACUUGAAAUUGACUGAACGUGGCUGCACCGUUGCCCUCACUGUUGGUCCAUGGACACAUCUCGGCGCCCAGGGACGCAACAUCUUUGACGAAGGACUUCCCUGGUUUGAGGAGCACCUGGCUGGCCGUAAACACGAACCUAGGACGUCUCCAGUUCGUAUCUUCGACACCGGAGCCGGAGAGUGGCGAGACCUGCCGCGGUGGCCACCCCAAACUUCUCCUCAUCAGCUUUUCCUUGAUACUGGCGGCCAGCUUUCUGAAAACAAGCCUGGCGCAGAUUCUUCCGACUCCAUCUUCAAAUUCGACCCGAUCCAUCCCACGCCAGCUAUCGGUGCGCGGCAAAUGUUUGCCAGGAGCAAGGGCAAGAGCGAUGAGGUCGACGCUCUUGUCUCGCGCUCGGACGUACUGUGUUUCACCACAGAAGUCCUCGAACAUGAUCUAGAAGUAUGUGGGCGGCCUUCUGUCCAACUAUUUCACUCGAGUAACCAUCCCCACGUCGACCUUCUUGCCGUGCUGAGCGAGGUGGACAUGAACGGUAUCUCGCGCAGCAUCUCCGAACGAUAUCUCCGCCUCGACCCAGAUCGUGAGGCUAGUCCCCUCCAUUUGGGCCUUCACGAUUGCGCCCACACCUUCAGAACGGGCACCAGAAUCCGCCUUCUCCUCGCAGGUGGUUCUCACCCUCGAUAUAUUCGCAACCUCGGUACAGGGGAAAGUGUAGCGACGGGCGCUGGCUUCCGCGAUGCGUGGCAUACGAUUCGCCACAAUGCGUCUGCUGCCUCAAUGCUGGUACUGCCUGUAAGUGUACCGGACAGUUGGUGA